GGAAAAGAGCAUCCAGCAGGACUUCGUAAAAGACUCCAUUCUUACGCAAACCUGGACUUCGGGCGCAAAUGAAUUUUCGGCGCUACGCAGUGGGACUAACAAGGACUAACACCAAGGCAGUAAGCAUCAUCCGCCCGUGUCUCCCUCCGGCCGCAACCGGCCAGGCAAUAAUCCUUCCUCAAUCUUCCUUCUCCUCUUCCUUCCCUCCUUUCGUUAUUAUUAUUAUUAUUAUUAUUCUGGUCUUUUCGCUCCCUCGCCUAUUCCCGCCGUUAUCGAGGGCUGACUGUCGCCUCUCCAACCAUCUAUCCCGUCACUCGUUCGUCUCCGACCUUCCACCACCACCACCGCUUCCACUGCCACCUUCGCUACGCCCGCCCAAUCGCCAACUUUUAUAUUCUCUCUCUCCUCGCCACCACCACCGCUCACUCGCCUUGGACUAGAUUAUCGUCGUCAUAUCAUGGUGGGCACCUCCCAGUGAGCGAUUCCUCUCCCCCUCGACGGUCCCCACCGCCCUCCUUUCAGCCGCAAGAUACCUCGUCAUGGCACGUUGGCCCCGGGCCUUGACCCCCAGCCAUGCUGCCAGUUCAACCUCCUCGACCAUGCUCUUCUAUCUCUCCUUGAUGUCCAUCGCUCUCUCGACCGUCGUUCGCGCUCACACUGUCACCCUUCUCCCAUCUGUCGCCUCGUCCGACUUCCCCGCAUGUGCCUUGACCUGCUCGGUCUUAAAGGAGGCCCAGAAUGAGUGUGUGCCUCCCGUCGCCGCCCAGACCGAUCAUGCGACCUACGUCUCGUGCUUCUGCCAGUCAGCUCUGCUCGACCAGAUCCCUUUUCCGACUGGGGUCUGCACAGAAAGCUGUCCCAGUGCCUCGGAUCGUGCGUUGAUCCGGACAUGGUAUGACGAAUUUUGCUCGUCCGAGGACACCCUCGCCGCAAGAGACACCACUCCCUCCAUUUUCGCGAGAGAUUCGCGCUCCCAGACCUGGUGGACAACCCACUACCAGUGGGUGAUCAUGGUUAUUGUUCUGGUUGUCGCGUUUUCCGUCAUCACCGUCGUGGGCGUCUGGCUUAAGCGUCGCCACGACCGGAAAUACCCUGGCCUCUACCACGCUACCAACACCGCAGGAACCGAUAGCGCACUGUUGGCAGCUCGUCAGCAGGACAACAGUCCAUCACCUCAACCGGGACCUCCCCCACAGGGCGCGUUCAGGCCCGGCCGAUUCGACCCCACGUUAAACUCCGAGUCGAUUGCCAGCAGUUCGCGCACCAACAUCACCGCUCCGACGACCCGGCCCGCUCGAAGUUCGUCGCGUCUACAGAAGGCCCAACCAGUUCCAGAGGGUGAUAUAGAAAUUCGCGAAGUUAGCCGGUGAUAUCCGUGCAUGAUUAUGGUUUCUUUCCUUUUGUCGUUUGCUUUUUCUAUUUCACUUCAAGUGUCAAUCUUUUCCCACUUUGAGAGCGGGAGAAAUGCGCUGUUCACGUCGUUAGUACCGGCAUGACGUGGGUAAAGCCAGUCGGGAAACAAAUCGGCGCAUCUCGCGAAACAAACUUGCAUAUACCUGGCGUUUACGUGUUUGUGGGGUUCAAC